GUGACUUGUGAGCUUCGGCAGAUAUAUGGCGCAGCAAAGACGAUAGAUGACUGUUUUAUAUGUCCUGUUCGCUUUCGUUUCGGGAAAGCUAACGAAUAGGGCAAGGAAUAUGGAAGACGUUUCUGCUAUACUAGCAUAAAAAACGUAAACGCGUGUUUGAUCGAAUACAAAACUCAUUUUUGCUCUUAUUUUCGUUCCACGUCUUCGUGUUUACUACGACUUGACUACGACCACGUGUUCCGAUCUUAUGGUCAAGACACUUAUUUUCCAAUACACCAACCUCUUGAACAUGUCAGCUGACCUAGAAGACAUGCCUGACCUUGAAGAAUCUGCUCCUGCCGACACUGCUUCAGUCACCACUGUAAGGCUCGGUGACCAUCAGUCACCAGCCGCACCUCCUGUCUCAGCUGGCCACGAUGUCGCCGGCGUUGAUUCAGACGAUGAUGAUGAUGACGAGGCCUGGGAGGAGAUGGAGGAAGACUGUGAGCCGCUGCCUGCGGCCACCUGUCUUUUCUGCCCGCUCCAACUGCCGGCCUCGGACCUCGUGGCGCACUGCCGGUCGGAGCACAGUCUCGACCUGGCCGGCCUGGCGGUGCGCCACGCCCUCGACUCGUUCGGCUACAUCCGCCUGGUGAACUACGUGAGGUCGACUCGCGUGACGCCGUCUGAGCUGGACGGGCUGCCGGCGGCCGCGUGGGCGGACCAGGCCUUCAUGAAGCCGGUGGUGCAGGACGAUCCGCUGCUCAUGAUCGACGUGGACGACCUGCUGGCGGCGGCCGAGGGCGGCGCGGCGCCGCCCCCGUCGGAGCCGGCCGAGCCCGUGGUCAGCUACGAGGGUGACCGGGUCACCCUGUCGACGCAGCACUACGAGCAGCUGCAGCGGCAGCUGGCCGCGCUGCGCCGGCAGCUGCAGCUCACCGAGGAUAGGGACGAGCAGCUGGUCAAAGACAUGGCCACGAUGCGCGGCACCAUGCACCAGAUCCUGCGGCUGGACGACGAGGAGGUGGAGCAGGGGCCCGUGUCGGCCGCCUCAGCCGCCGGAGACAGCGCCAGCUACUUCGAGUCGUACGCCCACUUUGGCAUCCAUCACGAGAUGCUCUCGGACCGCGUCCGCACCGAGUCGUACCGGGACGCCAUCUGCCGUAACGCGGCGCCGUGCGUGCGCGGCCGGGCCGUGCUCGACCUCGGCUGCGGCACCGGCAUCCUGUCGAUGCUGUGUGCGCGCGCCGGCGCCGCCGAGGUGGUCGGGGUCGACCAGUCGGAGGUCAUUUACCACGCCAUGGAUAUCGUCAGGGAGAACCGCCUAUCCGACAUCAUCACCCUAGUAAAAGGCCGCCUGGAGGACGCGAAGCUGCCCGGCGGGCCGGACCGCAAGUUUGACAUCAUCGUCUCCGAGUGGAUGGGCUACUUUCUGUUGUUUGAGGGCAUGUUGGACUCGGUGUUGUACGCGCGGGACCGACUGCUGGCUGACGGCGGCCGGCUGCUGCCCAACCGGUGUACCAUCAGCCUGGUGGCCGCCUCCGAUCAGGAGCGGUACGACAACCUGCUGACCUUUUGGGAGGACGUGUACGGGUUCCGUAUGAGCUGCCUCCGACCGGAGGUGCUCCAGGAGGCCAGCGUGGAGGUGGUGCCGGCCGCCGCCGUCUGCUCCCAGCCCUGCCUCCUGAAAACGCUCGAUAUCAACACCAUCAGGGUGGAGGACACAGAGUUCACGUCUCCGUUCCGUCUGCGCGCGCUGCGCUCGUGUCGCGUCACGGCGCUGGUGGGCUACUUUGACACGCACUUUGACCUGCCGGUGCCGGUGGAAUUUAGCACGGGCCCGCACACGACGCCCACACACUGGAAACAGACGGCAUUCUACCUGGAGCGGCCCAUCACCGUGGCAGAAGGUGACACGAUCGAGGGCAGUCUGUUCUGCGGCCGGGAUCGAAAGGACCCGCGAUCACUGCGAGUCACCAUCACAAUCGCCGGGAAGAGUCAGUCCUACCGCGUCUCGUAGCGCGUGGGGUGGACGGCGCGGUGUGAGGACGUGGCUGCCGACAUGUCAGGUCAGCACGGGUUCUGCUGCGACACUGGGCGCCGAGAUGUGGUCGAGGCUGCUGAGAAAUGUCUCCAGGAAUGAUGGUCAUGAGGGAUUGUCGCAAUUCGAAUGUCCAGUUCGCUGUCCAGUGAUGUAUUGAAGUGACGAGCAAAACGUAGGUGUCUUGUUUUGGGACAAUGUGCAUUGGGGUUUAUGAAAAACGGAGAAAUGUUUUUUACCAAUAUUUUAUCGACAAAUGACAAUAAAAUAUGGAUAACACGCAA